CGCAUUAUUCGAUGUGAAAUUGGCUUAUUUGAAGCGUCACGUCACGUUUUCCCGUCAUGUCUAUUUUAUAUAAAUACAAGUGGUCUCCUCCAUCAUAUGAACCUCUCUUCAAUUCAGUCAUGAAAUUGCCAAAUGUAAUGUAAUGAUUUCUAAAAUCCGUGCGUGCUUGCUAUUUUGGAGUUAUUUCAAAAGCCUACCGAAGGUGAAAGUGAUAUGAGCAAAACAACCUUAUUUUACGUUGUUUUUAAAACUUACCAGAUAAGGUUCUACUCCAAAAGAUCUCUUUUUGAGGGUGUUGUGCCGAAGAAAUAAUAAUCGGCUCGUGAUUCGAAUGAAAACCCAGCAGGUGUGAGAAGAGCAAACAACAAAUAACUCAAACACAGCCGCAAACACUUUCCUUUAACAUCAAUUAACUGUGUUAUAAAGAAUCACUUACAGCCUUGUUACAGAAUUAUAGAAGUCUUGAAUGUCUUUAGGAGUGAUUUGUAUAAUUACUUUCUAUUUGUAUAAUUACUUUCUAUUCCCAGGCUUCCACUCAAAAAAAGGACAUCCAUCAAAGACAAAUAAGAGUGGAAAUAAUAUACACAUUAAAAUUUCCUUAUUCGUCUAUAUAAUUUACAGUAACUGAUCUUGAAGUUACUCUUUUUUUUAUAAAACAUCUAAUAAUAAUCAGUUGGGCGGUUUUUAUUUUCACGUGAAAUGAAAAUAAAAUAUCCAGUGACGAAUUGGAAUCGAGAAUCGCACAUCUAGCAAUAAUAUCUAGCAAUAAUAUUCAAGAUUGUUAUUAUGAUCACAAUUUAAUUCUGCAUUUUAGAAAUCUUUUCUGUCACCUGAGCCUGGGCAUAUUCUUAGCAAAUGAUCUUGCGAUAUUAAAUGGUGAGAUCUCAUGUUAGGCGUUCUUUUAAUUAAGGUCUUUAUAAAAAAUAAGAGUGCAUUUCUUUAAUCGUCAUAAUUUCAAACAAAUAGACCAAUCAAUUGAAUGUGAUAUUAUUUACUCAGCUGUUUGCUACCUUACCUUUCUUGGCCAUUUAGAAAGACCCAUGUGUUCAGGUCAUUGAAAUUCUUCUCAAGACACGUAUGUCUUGCCUAGUAUUUUAAAUUUUAACCUUGAACAAUAAGAGCGCAUUCACAAACUCACACGAUUUAACAGUCUCUAAAAAGGAUAUAUGAAAAAGUGGGACAUGAAGCACUUAUUCAUAACAAAUACUUUUUUGCUUAUAUCGCUUACAAUUUUCACGUCCACUUCCGUGCAUUGUAAAAAAAUAGUAGAAUUCACCAAUGAAAAUGUUGACGAAUACGUAGAUGGUUCAAAAUUUGUAUUCAUAUUUUUCUAUGCGCCAUGGGACGACCAUUGCCAGAGAAUCCUCCAGAUAUUCGAUCAAGUUGCCGACGAGUUUGCAGAUCGUGACGAUAUCGUCGUUGGAAAGUCAAAUGCUUACGAGGAUGUAAAAAUUGCUACCAGAUAUUGGAUCGAUAGGUACCCGAUGUUCAGGUACUUUAUCAAAGGAAGCACUACAGAAGAAACCUAUGACGGCGGCUUCAAACCUGACGACUUCAUCCGCUUCAUAGCGGCUCGCUCCUACCUCAAGCUCAACAAAGCCAUGUUCGACCUUCCCCUCAUCGAGCUAGAAAAGUCCAACUUUGAGCGUGUGGUGAAGAAUCGCGCCAAAGACGUGCUGGUGUUCUAUUAUAACGGGAACUGCAAGCUCUGCGAUCAGAUGGCGUACCCUUAUUACCACGUGGGCCAGGCGUUCAGAAACGAACCCGACUGUGUAGUAGCGAGACUGAAUUGUGAUACGAAUGACGGUGUUUGUCUGCAGCAAAAGAUUCCUCGCUUUCCAACACUCAAGGUGUAUUCCAAGAAGAACAAGGACGGGUGGACAUACGAACCUGGGAAGAAUAACGAAAUGUAUAGCCAACAGAACCUCACAACCUUCAUGAACUCGCUAUGCAAGACCGAGAGAUUGGAAUCCGGUCGACUCAACACGAGGGCCGGUAGACUUGACGAAUUCGAUAAGCUAGCAGAAGAGUUUGUGAGCGACUGGCAUCGGCGAGAGCAGAUCCUUCGCACGGUGCGCGAGAAAACCGCCACCCAUCCGUCCAAGAAAUACGCCGCGUACUACGCCAUCGUUAUGACACGCAUCAUUAACGAGGGGUCCCACAUGGUUCAGAUGGAGAUCGAGAGAUUAGAACGAUUGAUCGCAGGCCACGUGCACGCGAGUAAAUCUGACGAACUCGAGAGAAAAAAGAACAUACUACAUCACUUCCGCGCACUGCACAGGGCGAGAGAUGAGCUGUAAGGGAGGGGGUCCUUGGGGGCGGCAUACACGCCAAGUAAAAAGAACAUUAGUCGAUAUGAGCAACCUUUUGCUCUUUUUAUCAUCAGGGGAAGGAAAGAUCAACGGCGCUCAAGAAGCCUUAAAGACAAAUCUGAAAAUUAUCCAUUAAAGGAUAACAUUCCAAUAAAAGUGUUAAAUUUGA